UGAAAUUGAGUGAAAAGCAUUGACGGUGUCAGCUUCUCAGCGAUGUCAGAAGCUUUGUAACAUUCGUUCGAUCGUACAACAAUUACACAAGGCAAACUUUUACGGCAAGGUUUACAAACUUCUUGUCAAUUCGAAAAGAAAGUCUGCCUGUUGCGAUCGUGACUCACUUCCGCUCGCUACGUCACCGUUGACGAAGGUGAGAAGCUUAUUUGCUCCCUACGCAACAAGCUAUAGCCCGUCGGACACCGCCUGUACGUGGAUCCGCAUAUAUAGUUAUCUCUCGUUCCUUAUUGCUGCUCCCUGUUGCCGGAAGAGCAUCCGACGAUGGCGUCUUAUUCCGAGGAUCAGCUGGCCGAAUUCCAGGAGGCGUUUCAAUUGUUUGAUAGCCGUGGAGAUGGAAAAAUCCAUGUCUCUCAAAUCGGUGACGCAUUGCGCGCUCUUGGCCAAAACCCGACCGAGUCAGAUGUAAAGAAGUUCACUCAUCAGCAUAAGCCAGAUGAGCGUAUCAGUUUCGAGGUCUUCCUACCAAUCUACCAGGCAAUCAGCAAAUCCCGUACCUCAGAUACAGCAGAUGACUUUAUUGAAGGCCUACGUCAUUUCGACAAGGAUGGAAAUGGCUUUAUAUCUUCUGCGGAAUUGCGACACCUUCUGACGACGCUUGGAGAGAAGCUCAGCGAUGAGGAAGUGGAAACAUUACUGGCAGGUCAUGAAGAUUCACAGGGUAAUAUUAAUUACGAAGAUUUUGUCCGCCAAGUGAUGUGCGGCUAAAUAGCUACUUAAUCGUGUAAGAGAGUAUUAUUAUUACCGUCGUUUAUAUAUUUUGCCAUUAUUCGUCGAGUUGAAGCAUUUUACUUUUGAAAUAUCAUAUCAUAGCAUGUGUACCUACAGUGAUCUGUCUCGAGGGAAUCCUAACGCGAAUAUUAUUUUGUUAUGUAUUGUGGGAAGGAGGUUUAUCCUUUUUAGAAGAGUCUAAAUUAGUUAAACAAUGGUAGGUAAAGAACAAUCUAGUGCAUUGUGCCUUGACGUAUACUCCGAUUGACGAGCAUUUAGUGAUAAUAAGACACACCUCUUGUGCGACCUUUAGCAAGAUGUCUGAAUUCUGCAAACAUUCCAAAUUUUUGUAUGAUAGACUUGAAAGAAAGAGUUAAGGAUAUUCGGGCUUCAAAGUGAGGGUCGAGUAUUUUGAUUUACGCCAACAUUUACCGGCCAUGUACUUCCUCUCUUUUUCUCUAUCGAGUUUAAUAUCCUGUGUAUAGUUAAAAUGUACUUUCGAGUAUUUUUCACCUCCCAUUAUGUGUCUUAGAAAAAGUAUGCAGAGUAUUGACUUUAUUUAUUUAUCCAUGAGCGUAAAUGCGCAAAAAACAAUAUUGUACAUUAUAAUGAAUAAAAAAUUGCUCCAAGAAUUUGAUGUGCAACUUGUUUGAUUAUUUUCUUUAUGAAUAAAGCAGAACAGUUUGUGAUAAU